AUGACAGUCCUUCGGGUUACCAACGCCCGCAACCUUUUGGCCCUGCGCCAGGUCAUCGCGCACAACACAAUCAACUCCCAAACUCCUCAGGUUCUACAAAGAAGCAAAUUUGCAACCCAAGGCUACGGAGACAACGCGGGAGAACCAGUGGGCUCUAACACCAAAGACCGGGUCCCCAAUUCGCAAGCAACACACGACGCGGAGCACCCAGGCCCGACACCCUCAGCCGGCAAAGCAAAGAAGAAUGAGACGGGAAGUAAAAGCCCAGAGGAUGCGAGCGCUGAAUCAGGUGGAUCGAGGUCCAAGGAUGCUGUUGAGAAAGGCAAGAGUCCGACUGCUGGUUCUAUUGGGGGCAAGGAAUAG